AUGAGAAGAGCCUUAAGUGGGCUUUUCCUCCCUUUGCGGUUGCUGGCACCCAUUCAGACUCGAAACAUCCACGGGAGUCGGAUCAUCAGAAGAGAUUACACCGAUGACGAGGGCGACGAUGAAAAACUCACCAAGGAUCGAUUAAUUCACUCACUGGGUUUUGAAAGUGAUAACAUGGAUAAUCUUUUGCACGAUAUUACUACCGGCGAGAAACCGAUCGAAUCUUCCAGGCAAAGGGAACACGGACGAAAGCAAAUGUCCCGUGUUGCAGAGAUUUGUAUGAAAGAAGAAAUGUUCUCCCAGGUACUAAAACAGUUGGCUGCGGCGCACAAAGGGGUAGUUGUUGAGGUUCCCGGUGGUGGAGAGAGGGAUGUACCCGCCAUAUCUGAGGAGGAUGACACACUGCAUGAACUCAUUAAUCGUCUUGGCUUGCAGGUGGAAAAACAUACGCGCAUUGAAAAGGUUGAUGACCUUCCCGAAGUCCGUGUGCAACACGCCGUGCUCACUCUUCUGGGGCGUGCGCUUCAGCAGUCACUAAAUGGCUUCCGUCGUGAGUGUAAUAAACGUUUCAAAGCUCGUUCUGCAGGUAAGGAGUCUGAAGAUGUCGGUCAUCUCCUUGCGUGGCGGUGCAAGGUUCUUAAAGCAUAUGCAGAAUGCUUUGCCUCUCUCACCGAAGUGCAUCAUCACUUUUCUAACACGGUGGGGGAUAAAAAUACGGGUGACAAUGAGAAUGCAAGUGACGUGUGUACUGAAUGCUUGAGCUCCGCUGCAAUAAUUUCUUCUGGACUCUCCGCGACGGUCGAACUGCGAUGGCAUUUGUCCAAUUGUCUGAAGGUGGCCGGGGCGGAAGAUGAAACUUUAACGUCAUUAGAUCAUAGCAUUAUGAGUUGCUCAUCGCGUCUGCUGACUGACGCCAGUGCAUUGUUGGAAGAAACAGUUUCAAAGGGAGUACGCGGCACCGGUGGUUCGGCACAACCAUCUCUACUUCACAGUGUGUUAUUGCUGGCUGAGCGAACACUCGGGACACUGGAGACGACACGAGGGGCAGCGUGUAAAGAUCUAUCGGGGAGUGUUAACGCUUUCUACUCAAUGAUGCUUUGUGUACUGUUUUCGUUUACGUCGUUUCCCCCAGGAGCCACAUUUCAACUGGAGAGCCGUUGCAUCACAACCCUACGGCAACUUUGGGCCAAAAUAGCACCACCGCUAGAGCGACGAACCAGUGAUUCACUAAUGACACACCGGACGGUACAUUCAACUUUGAACCUGAGAUACCUGCGUUGCAGGGAGGGGUUGCAUGCGGACAAUAAGUUUCUGCAGUUUUUAUCGUCAAAACCAGAUAGCGCAUUCCUCGUUCUUGAAUUAUUGAACCGUGUGGCUGCGGUGUGGGCAACGAGGAACGAAGCCAGGGAUUAUGAUUUAAUUCCUGCGGUGAACUCCAGCGCCGUGUUGUGCCGCACCUUGCUGGAGAUGGAAAUUGAGUUGUAUUUCCUUGCCUGCAGCAAAACAGCAAAGAACUGGAUCGUUCUGGUUGACCCUUCCACGAAGAAGGAAGGUGCCACGCAAGCGCAGCCGCCUUCAGAAUCUGCUUGGGAACGUGUGUUGGUUGCGGCUUCCACAGUCCGCGUUGGUGUGAGCUCGCUCAUUGAGCUAUAUGUAAGGUCAUACGUUUCGCAGGAUCUUCAGGGGCCACCACCGAGUAAUCCAAGGACGAAGAUGGCGUUUACCAAGCAUCCUGCUUGUUGUUUCCUCAAAAAUAUAUCCGCUUCCUUUUUCCCGUUACUGCGGCGGCAUUAUCUUGACACACUUGGUAGUGAGGUUCUUGUGAGUUGCCUGCAGGUAUUUCUCUUGCUGAAGCAGUUGAGUGAUGUGAUGGAGAGUGGCGGUGGUGGUGAUGACAGACAAUCGGGACAGGUUGCGGAGGCACUACGUGUGUGUGGUGUACCGCUUUCGCAGGCUGCCGAGGUAGCGUUCUUCAUGUCAUUUUUGCAAUACGGUUGCCACGUGCGUCCUGUGUCUUCCUCUGGAAUUUCUGCGGACAGCGUUGUGAGCCCAACAAUCGUAUCAAUGUACGUGAGGGAGGUGUUAUUCGCUUUGGAUUACAAUACCGCGAAGCAGCUUCGACAUCUGCGUGCCAAGAAGGUCCUCCAUUGCUUUACCGGCUUGCGAUGUGACAAUGGAGAGAAAGUGGACGGCAGACUACUUCGUCGGCAGGCGCAAUCUGUUUUGAGUGUUGUCCAUGCCCAUGUUAUGCACCCUUCUUUCUUGUGGAUGCCUCUGCAUCAGUUACAGGAAAUAUUUUUCAUACUAUCGCAUGAGCGACAAUUGACGAAGGGGCUUCGCAACACUAAAGGGGCUUUGGGGGAUGAGGCAUCGGAAACACCCUCGUUGUUUUCCGUGGGGUCGCAUGGUGCCAAACCUCGUCACUUUUCCCGGGCCCUGGGAUACUUAUCCCUUCGUCUUUACGUUGUGACUAACGUUCUGCGCCAUUACCGGAUUUUCCUUCUCCGCGGUGAUCGUCGAAAAGGGGUUGGCAUGCCCCUCAAUGACUCUGCUGUGGAGGAAAGGAAGAGGAUGAGAAGGCAGUGGUCACGGGACAUGGCUCAUUUAUUGCACAGCAAGUGCAGUAACUUAUUAGCUGAAGUGGAGGGGCUGAAUCCCGCAAAUUCCACGGACCAGGAGAAGGCAAAUUGGCGCGCACUAGCAAGACUGGAGGCCACGAUAAAUUUGGCGGUUCGUAACAGUCUUAUAUAUAGCGUGAAGAAGAGGAAGCGGAUGGCCGCUUUGGAUGCGGCGCGGGAGCGUGGUGAGGCUGAAGCUAGUGUGGAAGCUGGUGAUAACACAAGUCCCGAGGAUAUAGGAGCGGAACCCUCCGAUGGUGAGGGCACAGCCGACCACAAAGCACCUGCCGAGAGGGUGUUUCACUUGACGUUGAUGCGGAAUGAUGCGGAGGCGCCUCUAGGAUUUUCGCUGCAUGGCAGUCGUUCGACAAUACGACGUAUCGUAUUUAAAAAUGAUGGUGUAAUGGGAGGAGCGUCAGUUGCUGGGAACAACACACCGUUUUCAGCAGCACUCCGUGAAAUUGGCAUAUUGGACCCGCACAGUGUCGUUGGUUGGCGGAUUACUCAAAUCGACGGUACAGAUGUGGAGGACACCAGUGCAAUAAUACCUUUGAUUAGGGGUAAGCGAAAGUUUUCAAUGACGCUUCGUCCAGGAGAUGAUAACAAAUCUUAA